AUGGGUUCCAGAAGGUACGAUUCGAGAACUACGAUCUUCUCGCCCGAAGGUCGUCUUUACCAAGUGGAAUACGCGUUGGAGUCGAUCUCGCAUGCCGGCACAGCUAUCGGAAUCAUGGCGUCCGAUGGUAUUGUGCUGGCAGCAGAGCGUAAGGUCACAAGUAAGCUGCUGGAGCAGGAUACGUCGACGGAAAAACUGUACAAGCUGAAUGACAAGAUCACGGUUGCCGUGGCGGGCCUGACAGCAGAUGCCGAGAUACUUAUAAACACCGCGAGAGUGUAUGCUCAGAACUAUCUGCGGACGUACAACGAAGACAUACCGGUGGAGAUCCUUGUGAAGAGGCUGAGCGACAUAAAGCAAGGCUACACGCAGCACGGCGGGCUCAGACCGUUCGGAGUCUCGUUCAUAUACGCCGGCUGCGACGACAGAUAUGGCUACCAGCUCUACACUUCGAAUCCGUCGGGGAACUACACCGGCUGGAAAGCGAUCAGCGUAGGUGCCAACACCUCUGCGGCGCAGACGCUCCUCCAGGUCGACUACAAAGACGACAUCAACCUGGAGGGCGCCAUCGAGCUGGCGCUGAAGACCCUUUCGAAGACUACAGACAGCAGCGCCCUCACCAGCGAUCGCAUCGAGUUCGCGACUAUCCAGAAGGGCCAGGACGGCCAGGUCUACCAAAAGAUCUUCAGCCCAGACGACAUCCAGGCGCUGCUGGUCAAGCACGGCAUCGCAAAGAAGGAGAACGACGACGAGCAGGAUGAAGAAUGA